AGUUCGGUGUAGAAGACAACGCGUCGUGACGUUGUUUCAAUUUGCUUUCAACGUUGCUAGGUUACUUGGAAAUGUUUUCCCAGAAAUCUCAAGAUGUUGCAAAGAAGCAUUUUUGAUAAAAUAGUUACGCGGGUUUUUUAUUAUUAUUAUUAUUUUCAAAUUUAACAAUACAUCGCCGUGGCGUUCAAACCUCCUAGACCGGCCCCCUUACCUUAAGCGUUAAGUGCAUGGAUUACACAUGGCCAUCUGAGAUGCCUGACCUAGCAAAUACACCUGCUUGUGGUUGUUGAUUAAUCUUCGUCUCCUAUUUAUUCUGUUCAGGAUAUAACUUUCUUCGAUGCUGAGUUAGGGUGGUAGAUGAUGAUGCGAUAUUCCGCUACUCUUCUUUUACUUCUCCUCCUGACGUCGAAAGGAGAAUGCUGGAGGCGCCGGCGGAGAUCUCCACCACCUCCCCCACCGCCCGACACGACUCCUCCAACACUCCAUGGAUGUCCUGGAUCGCUUGGUAACCAGUACACCACCACAUCUACCGCUCGGGUUUCUUGGAGUGAACCAACGUGCUCCGAUUCUGGAUCGUCCUGUACUGUAACACGUACUUCGGGAGCAGCACCGGGUUCCCAGUUUCCUGAGGGGUCGCAUACGAUAGCAUAUCGAGCUAUCGACACAUCGGGUAACACACGGAGCUGUUCCUUCAGCUUUACCGUUGUUGUAAUACGAUGCGGUACCCUCAACCCUCCAUCGAAUGGCGGAGUGAGUUGCACAAAUGGAAGGUCCGUUGGUUCAGUCUGCUACAGCUCUUGCAACACGGGUUAUAAGGUCAGCGGUUCGACUUCCAGAACAUGUGUGCGAUCGGGAAACUCUGCUUCAUGGUCCGGAUCGUCAGUGUCAUGCUCACGAAUCACUUGCUCGCCGGUCCUGAGUAGUCCCAGCAAUGGUCAAAUCCACUGCACCGAUUCGGUGUACUACAACAGUGUGUGUUCCACAACCUGUCACAUGGGAUAUACAUUGACUUCCGGUAGUUCUCAAAGAACCUGUACGUCUACUGGAUGGUCUGGUUCAACACCCCAAUGCCAAGAUGUCACGCCACCAACGUUCGUGAACUGUCCAACGUCUCAAACGGUGUAUCCUCCGGAUCUUGAGACAACAGCCGUAGUCCAAUGGACAGAACCAAGCGUCUCAGACACUACUGGUCAGUCUGUGAGCCCCACGCGUACAUCGGGACCUGCCACGGGUAGCACGUUUACAGAAGGUGUAACACCAAUAAAAUACGAAGCUACGGACAGUGCUGGUAACCGGGCGACAGCUUGCGAAUUCACCAUUUCCGUGGAAGUCAUUAGAUGCAGCACCAUCUCAGGUGACCAUGUACUUCUCGUUAGUUGCCCGGAUGGGGAUAUCCGCGGAUCGGUAUGCACCUUCACCUGCAUCACCGGUUACGGUUUAGAUGGUUCACAGGCAUCCGAAUGCCAAUUGGUUGGCAGUUCCGGUUCUUGGAGUCAUCCGAAACCUUCUUGCCAACUGCUACAUUGUCAAGGGAUAAGCGCUCCACAGAAUGGCGCAGUGGUGGGGACGUGUUCGACGGGCUAUGGCUCAACUUGCCAUUUCGACUGCGAUGAGGGAUACAUCAUCAACAAUGACAAAAUCAAAUGCACUGUACAACCAGGAAGUACAGCUGUGUAUUGGGAAGGAUCACUACCAUAUUGUUCAAUUAUCAACUGCACAAAACCUUCUUUAACCGACGGACUGCACUUACCAGCGUCCCCUGCAUGUCCGGAUACAAGUCUCGUCCCCUAUGGAAGUCAGUGCUCCUUCUCCUGUGGACGCGGAUACUACAUGCAAGGAGACCAAGUCCUGUCCUGUCAGAGUGAUGGGUUCUGGAGUCAUAACGCACCAAGUUGUCAUGUUCUGAAUUGCACAAGCAGUGACAUGCCAGCUCCAGCAAACGGCAUCAAGACUGGCUGCUCAAACGCGGAGGAAGUUUUCGGGACGGUUUGCACGAUCUCAUGUAAUACUGGCUACCUCCCGGAUACACCCGUAUACCGAAUGUGUGAUGAUGACGGAACCGGAUCCGGAGUGUGGGACGAUGAACCUGUCACGUGCACAAUCGUGACCUGUCCAGCUCUACCCAAUCCAAACAACGGCGAUGUUUCUCAGUGUACCUACGAAGGGGAUAUUAGCAACGUCAACAGUGUGCAGAAAUACAGUACUGUUUGCAGCCUGAACUGUUUCAUUGGCUUUACCAGGACAUCGGGUUCUGCGUUACGCGCAUGCAGCGCCUCUGGAACAUGGGACGGUGUGGAAACCAUGUGUGAAGAUAUAACAGCGCCUGUAUUGACAUGUCCUGGAGACCGGGAGGUAGUAGCAGAAUCAAGCACGGUCAACGGGAUUGUCCCCUGGCACGAGUGGGAACCGCUCAUGGCAACUGAUGCUGGGGCAGAGAUUGCAGCGCACUUAGCAAGAAUAGAUUCAAUCCCAGUCUCCGUCCAUCCAACAAGUCUUGUAGAGGGCGCUCAUCGCAUUGCGUACGAUGUAUCUGAUCCUUCUGGAAAUGGAGAGACUUGCUCGUUUGAUGUCACGAUACGAGUGAUCAGAUGCCCCGGACUGCCCGUUCCCGAUAGAGGCAGCGUCAAUCUUAGAUCUGGAGAUGGGAACUGCGUAGGGGGCGCUGUGUAUGGAUCUACCUGUGCCUUUGUAUGUGAUACGGGAUACCAACUGUCAACAGGGGGUGGUACAUUCUCAAGGAACUGUCUGCGGAUCAGUGAAAGCGACCAUAUUGGGUAUUGGGAUGCCCAUCAACCAAGCUGUCUAAUUAAGAAUUGCACCGUUCCUGAUGUUGUUAACGGAUAUAGUCCAGAUUGUCCUGACAGAGCCGUUGGGUACGGCACCGACUGCGAGUUCAAGUGUAAUCGCGGUUAUACCUCUCCGAGCACCGUAAAUUCGGCUAACCGCGGAUGCAAAGCGGAUACCUCCUGGAGCGGCGAUGAAUUUAAUUGCAGUGUUGUGAUCACGUGUCCAGCCCAGCUGUCAUUGGACUUUGGUCAGGUGAUCCCGCCCGAAUGCUCAACCCAAACAGAAGUGAGGUUUGAUACCGAGUGCGAGUAUUCUUGUGGGAGUGGCUUUCUUUUACACGGACCGAGUAACAUCCUGUGCAAUCCCGAUGGAUCAUGGAACGACCAACGGAAGCCCUAUUGCGAGGACAUCCAGAAUCCAGUAUUUACUGAAACUUGUCCUGUUAAUAUCCCUGUGGAUGCUGAGAGAGGAACUACGUAUGCCAACGUUACCGUUGAAUCUCCUGGCGCACAGGAUAACUCUGGCACAGUGGACGUCUCUAGAAUCGGCUUGAGCGAAACCAUUUUUCAUGAGGGCUCAACUUCCGUUUCCUUUCUUGCGACAGACGCUACCGGGAAUGAGGCAAGAUGUGACGUCAUCGUGUCAGUCAAAGUCUACAGGUGCCCGGUCCCAACUCCACCGGUAGAUGGAAGUCCUCAAAACUGUUCUCACCUAUUCUACGGAAGCAAAUGUACUUUUGUUUGUGACGUUGGUCAUGAGCUGAUAGGAAGUGAUACUUUGACCUGCGAAUUGACCCAAGGGAUAGCGGGAACGACUGCAAUAUGGGACAAACCAAUACCGACUUGCCAAAUUCGAACUUGUCACGGUAUUCGGGUACCACCACCAGCCAUAAAAUCAGGAUGUUACAACGAUCCCCCACUAACAGAGGACUACGGAACCACCUGUUCCUUCACAUGCCCCUAUGGUUACCAGGGUCUGGGAGAGGACGUGACGUCAUGUGACGAAAAUGGACAAUGGACCAGCACCAAUUUCUCCUGCGAACGCACCCCUUGCCCACCAUUAGACCUAGAACCCGGGAUAGAUGUCACUCCAAGCUCCUGCGCUUCGGGGCCAAGAUUCGGAGAUACUUGCACCCUCCAUUGUUCCCGGUCAGGUUUUCAGAUCUAUCCUCAAGACUCUGUCAGUGUCACGUGCUCAGGCAAUGGAAGAUGGACCAAGAAUAUUAUAUCAACUACUUGCAAAGAUGAAGAGUCACCCGUCUUUACGGAGUGUCCAGAAGACUUUAUCGUUCACCCUGGUCGAAGUUCCACCACAGCCUUUGUCUCGUGGACAGUAGCAGCCUCAGACAAUGAUUUCGUUGGUCCAUCAGUAUCAUGUGACCAUCCAUCGAAUGUCAGUAUGCACGUUGGUCAGCAUCACGUGACCUGUGUAGCCUCGGAUAGAAGUGGGAAUAUCGAACACUGUUCAUUCAUUGUCAACGUCGAAGUUCUGCGUUGUGAGGCUUUGGUUCCGCCUCUCAAUGGCUUGCUUGAGGAUUCAUGCAACACUGAAUACGGUUCCUCGUGCCAAGUGACUUGCAAUCCAGGCUAUCACUUGAAUGGUUCGGGUUUGGCUUCAUGUGAAUACAACGGCUCAGUAACCUAUUGGAUGUGGGCAAAAGAACCGCAAUGUGAAGCGAACUGGUGCCCUUCUGUCCCGUUACCCGCCGCCAUGGUCGAGGUAUAUCCAGAAGCCUGCUCUCAAGAUUCCAGGGUUGCAAUUGAUACUGUCUGUGCCUUCUUUUGUACAAGUGGUCUAAGUCUGGUCGGUAAUUUCUCUACUGUGACGUGUCUCCUAGAUGGACGAUGGGAUCGUGAAGUCGAAUUAGGAUCGAUGACAUGCCAGGAUGAAUUAUCUCCGGUCAUCACAUCAUGUCCGGAACUUGUCCGCGUUAAUCGCACAGAAUUCUGGGGCGUCGAAGUAACCUUUGACCUUCCUAGCGCCCAGGACAACGUCGAUCCGCACUUGGAGGUGAUGACGGACCCACUGGCGUUGGGGUCACCCAUCAAUGUUACUGUUGAUAGUGUAUUUCGAUACACUUUUGUCGAUGACUCUGAAAAUAAAGCCUCGUGUGUCUUCGACGUCAUUAUUGAAGAUUUGGUGAAACCGAUCUUCCUUUACUGUCCUCCCGACCAGAAUAUAACAACCAGUCAGCAGAUGACGAUGGCCACAUGGGAUGAACCCAUAGUUGAAGACAUUCCAGGGGAUGACGUAUUAGUCACGUGUAACUACGAGACCAAUCAGGUGGAGCUACCAUGGGGAGAGAAUGAAAUCGUAUAUCGAGCUACAAACCUCAAGAAUGGCUUCCAAAAUGAGUGCAAAUUCACUGUGAAUAUUGAACCUGUUCCAUGCACAGAACUUCACACACCCAUGCAUGGAGCUCUGUCUUGUGACGAUUGGAUGUUUAGAAGAUACUGCAGUGUGUCGUGCGAGGAUUCGUACGACAUACCUCGAACCAGCUCCAUUCACCAACCUACAAAGUUGUAUGUCUGCGGGGCGUCUGGGCUAUGGAGUCCACACGCGUACGUUGCUGAUUGUUCGGAAACUCGUGACCCGCGACGUAGUUACUUGCCAUCAGCAUUACAGUAUUAUACGGGAAACUGUGAAACUCCAACGACUUCAGAUGAUAUCGCCCAGGCUUUCAUUAACAUUCUCCGCGGGUCGAUGUUCAGGGACGCCUGCGACCAGGAAGCCGACUGCUUGGUCGAAAACGUGGUCGUUUGGUGUGGUGAUGACGUCGCAGCCCAUGACAUGCUACAACAGAAUCAGAAAAUCACGCGGCGGAGGAAGCGACAAACAAAUCGGGCGAUAAACAACAACCUUGAGGUACUCCCGCAGAUUAAACCCGGACAUGGUAACACGACGAUUAUCUAUCUGGAUCUCGCAAUGAUGAUCAAAUCUGGAAAGGCUGAGUUCUCUGGCUUAGAUCAUGAAGAUGUGUUGUUGUCCAUGGCACACGGCGUCAAGGAAGAAUUCAGCUUACUGCAUAAUCUCACAUCGCUGUCCAUGAUGUCAGGAUCCUCGCUCAUCCAAUGCGAAGAUGGUUACAUCGCCGAUCAUGAUUCGUUCAAAUGUGUUGCCUGUACCACGGGUCAUUUUUAUGACCGGUCUGUGUCUGAAUGCAUCCCUUGUUUCCAUGGUUACUAUCAAGAUAAACAAGCGCAGGUCACGUGUAAAAAAUGUGCUGUUGGCCAAUCAACGGAGACAAAAGGAAGUCAGUCUAUUGACCAUUGUAAAGAUAUGUGUCCCAAGGGCCAUUUUUCAUCGACAGGAUUGCUUCCCUGCAUCAAAUGCCCACGUGACACCUUUCAGCCAAUGGCAGGGCAGACAUCAUGUUUCGACUGCACUAAUGGUGCCAUCACAGAACACACUGGAGCUAUAUCACAAAAUCAGUGUAUUUACGGGAAGAAAACAAAUUUGUAAUGAGAUCAGAAUAAUAUUCUUUUGGUCUACAUGUAUAAGCAGUUGAUCUACUUUUACCACUUGGGCUACACCAAUUUGGUCUCAUUGCCGUUUUGUCUACUCUACAAUUGGUCUAAUAACCACUUAAUCAAUUCCUCAUUUAGUUUAGUAUCUGAAUGGUCUAAUUUCCACUUUGUCAACCUAUUAUGUUUUAUUUAUCAAAUAAAUAAUAACCGAUUCAUAAAGAGUCCAUCUAGCGAUAGAGAUUUUGUGAAGUUUCACCAAGAGAAUGUUAGACGAAAUGGAUCUAGCCGAACUGGGAAUAAGACAAAAUGGUAAAUGAGCUAAAUGGCAAUUCGACCAAAGAAAAAGUAGGCAAAACGGGUGUAGACCAACUGGUAAUUUACCAUGAUAUUUGCUUAUAUUUUGACGAGAAUUUGAUUUAUGUUUUUAUGACUCUGACAGGACAUGUAGGAUACACAUGUAUUUUACUCGUGUAUGUUGAUCGCUAUUUGUUUGAAAUGAAGUUUUUGUUGAAUAAAAACAAUACAUGUGCCUAUUAGUCAGAAGGAGUAUAAUGGGGAAGGCCACACCAACAUCAAAUCAAUUUUAUCGAAAAUUUGCACGAACAAAACAUUAUUGUCCCAUUUCUAAAUAUUCAUGUUUUUUUUUCAAAUUUCCAUCUAUUCAGCUAACAAGUUUCUUUUGUUGUAGAUCUGGAACUGUUGUUUUUAUUUCGGGUGACGUAUCAAAUAAAACAUAUUUUUCAUUCAGGAAAUUACGAAAAUUAAAAUGCCGUAGUUCUUCCCCAUUAUCUAAUUAAUGUUUGCAUUCACACAUUCAACAGGGGCAGCGGAACGGUUGUGGGGGGGGCUGACCAUGCACAAAAAUCACAAUCAGAUGGUCAUUUUACGUUUUUUGUACAUGGUUUUGGAGAAAAAAAACACCCAACCCACGUCCACCCCCAGGUCCCGCUGCCCCUGUUUAAAUCAACAUUUAUCACUUAUUGGCUCAGCUAGCAUAUAAAAAAAUACCACAUUUUAUUAUACCAUUUAAUGUGCCUGGUUUUCUGAAAACGCCACCACAACAUAUCAACUCUCUUCUAUUUUGGGGAUGUAAUAGCGCACCCCCCCCCCCCCUCCCGAAUAAUUAUACAAUCGAUAUAUUAUUUGGCUAAAGGUUUACAUGGACAUUGGAAUUGCAAUUCAAAAUUUCGAACGGGAUUUCACUUUUUAUUUGACCCCUCCCCUGCCUUGAACGAUACAUUUUGUGUAUUUCAAGACUCUUGUCGAAAUAUUCCUUUGUCUAAUGAACUGAACUUAAACUAAGACUAUUCCUUCCGAUAUAUAUUAUUUUCAUUCAUUGUAUUACCUUCAUUUGAAACUGACACAAAAAUAAUGUAAUCGUAAAAUGAAUACAAUAUAUUUCAUAUAUAAUGGUAAUUUAUUCAUAUACAUUUUCUUGUAUGAAAAAUAGCGUUACAUUUUUUUUAUAACUUUUAAUAAACACUAUACUUCAAUGCA